AUGCGCAGUAGGCGUGGCAUGCGCGGGCGUGCUUGCGUGCGACCCUCCCCAAAGUUUUAUUUGGUUGAGACUCUUCGGAAACGAGGUCAUUUCGACGAGAAUGAGGACUGUUCAACUGGUGAACAUGGAAUCACGAUGACGACGCAUCAUUCAAUCGACAAUGUCAAGAAUAAUCCAUCAUUUGGUAAUAACGAUAAUCCUUUUAAAGAAACAAGCUUAAUUGAUAUGAGUGAAUCUCAUCAACAACAACAGCAGCUGCUGCCAGAUGAUCACCGUAAAGUGGCAAAUAUUAUUGUUCCAUCUGCGCCACUAAUCUACGAUGAUUCGACAUUGUAUAGUAAUACUAAUGAUAAUAAUAAUAAUAAUAGUGAAAACAGUAUCGCAGGUGGACGUGAAGUUAGUUAG